AAUCUAUUGUAGAUGUGCGGUGUCGGCUGCGCCAUGGUAUUGCGCCGCGUGUUACGAUUGCAAGUCCCAAUUCUAUUCCUUGCCUUGGCUCGUGGGCUUGCACUUUGCAGACCGGGCUCAUGUCAGGCCUUGGAUGCAUUUGUUCAUUGCGAAUAUGAUGGUACAGGAGCUGCAGGAGGCGGAAACACAAUAGCUACGGCCAUCUGUCCGGAACAGCAUAUUGUUGUGCGGGUAGCCUUGGAAACACCAAGUUUUGCCAGCAACGCGAGCGGUUCAUUUAUCUUCUCGGUGGACGACAUGCUGGAUGAGCUGCGCGACGUGCCACACGACACAGCAGAGGCUGAAUUCGUUCGUCGUGCAAUUCGCGUGGGGUUGACAAACAGCGAACAAAGGCCUCUGCGGCGGUGGAUAUCCAAGCAGGAGCUCAUGGCCGAAAACUACUGGCGACAGGAAGUGGUUUGGAUUGCGGGGCUUGUGUUUGAAGUUGCUUCACCUGAUGUUGCUUGCGAGUUUUGUUUGCCAUCAUCAAGACAUCGAGUGUGGCGCAUCGACUCUCAUGGCCGAUGGUCCAAGACUGUCGGACGUGAGUCCGUCACUGCGCACGUGUCCAUAAUGAAGAAAGUCACGCCACUGAGCCUUACAACUUUGUCAGUGCGGGAGUUGCUCACAAUGCUUGCCGGUUAUGUGGAAGACUUGUCGUCACUUGCGCAAUUGAACAUGUGGCAUGACUGUCACCUCGGCAAUCUGCUGAUGCAUCAACGGCUGGGCAAGGAAGAACGUUAUUUCCUGUGGCACGAUUUUGGAGCUGCUUCAAGGAUACGGUCUCCAAGUGCAACAGACCUUCAGGAUUUCUGGAAAAAGAUGAGAGACGCAAUGAAUCAAAUGAAGACGGUCAUUGGUACCAUGGAUUCAAGUUUGGCACAUGUGCCCACUCCUCCAUUGGUUCAGAGCAGUGAGCCUGAAAUCCUCAAGAAACAUCUUCGGGAAUACGCAGGGGAGGUGCACCGCUACGUCAUGACAUGGACAGGGGAUAUUCAUGUUCGGCGAGCAGUGCUUCGCUCCUUGAGCAGGGCACUCCCUUCCCAUCGUCUUGAUGAGUUGUCAUUUCUGCUGGUCGAAGGCAAAGGCGACUCGCAACCAUCCGCUGCGGUGUGGGUCUGUCAGCUGAGAAGCCCUGACGGCAAGGAGCCUGAGACCAUUGGCAGCGCGUUCAAAGUCACUGCUAGUGUUUCAGAUGUGGAUGACUUGAAGAAGGCUAUCAAGCAGGAGAACCCAAAUACUGUAUCCUUCGAUGCCUAUCAAAUUGACCUUUACCGCCGAGAGGAUGGCCGCUGGGUGAAAGAAGAGAAGAUGUCAGCAAGUUUGCGGGACACAGAUGAGGCAGACUGCUACGGAUUCACGUUACCAGCUGGAGCUGCUGGAGCCGCAUAGUUUGAGGCUUACUGCUGGCUGUUGCUGUUCUCGGCUGAGGCAAUGCUGGGGCACAACGUUUCACCUCGUGCAGUGACAAAAGGGUGCAGUCGCAGGCACAGUUGUUUCGUUGCAGCGCGACUUUGCUUGACUGUUGAAG